AUGGACAUGAGAGCUACAUAUGGAGGAUUUGCAGCAGCUUUGAAGGAUCUUCCACUAUGGGUAUUUAAUGUGGUGAAUGUUGAUUAUGGAGAUACACUUCCAAUCAUUUAUGAGCGAGGUCUUAUUAGAAUGUACCAUGAUUGGUGUGAAUCCUUCAACACAUACCCAAGAACUUAUGAUCUAUUGCAUGCCAAUAAAAUUUUCUCAAAUUUAAAGACUAGAUGCAAACUGAUUCCUGCUAUAGCAGAGGUGGAUAAAAUACUUAGACCAGGUGGUCAUUUGGUUGUCCGUGAUGAGCUUAGUGUUGUUGAUGAAGUGGAGAAUUUGGUAAAAUCUCUAAACUGGGAAAUAACCUUCAAAACUUCAAAAAACCAAGAGGGUUCGCUCUGUGCAAAGAAAAGCUUCUGGCGACCCGAUUCUUAA